AUGAUGCCUCGCAUCUUCCUCAACUGCUUGAGUUCUUUGCUCCUCCUCUUCCUCUCCUCCCCCGCGUAUUCGGAACCCCGCCGAACGUCGUCGUCAUCACCACGCAGCAGGACCGCGCGCGCUCCGGCUCCCGCAGGCAAGGUGCGCCUGGCGGGAAACUAUGCCCGGGGACAUAACGAGGGUCGCGUAGAGGUGCUGCACAACAACACGUGGGGGACGGUGUGUGAUGACGAAGUGGACAUCAAACUGGCCAAUGUCGUCUGCCGCGAGCUGGGCUUCCAGACCGGCAUGACGUGGGCGCACAGUGCCAAAUAUGGAGAGGGUGAUGGUAAAUGUUCCAGAACAGGUGUUGGAUUUUGCAACGAUCAUAAUAUUAUCUGUAUUAUGUUAUUAUGUUAUUUCUGUAACAUAAUACAUAUAAUAUACUCUUUACAAUUGAAAGGUAAAUUAAACAAACAUGGUCACCUGUUGAUUUCCAAUAUUUUCCAUCUGUCAAAUGUCAGUGCAUAGGCCUAUCUUUCUGUAAAGAGUGCACCUGCUUUCUAACUUAAAUAACUUUCUCCAAACCCUCCACACCUUGCACUUGACUUUUACUGGGGGGCCUGAUUUACCAUAUUGCAUUGGCUGCACAUUUAGUAAUUUCACAACAACAGUAACCUAUCCCAGGCUGCAACCUGGUCUCAGAGCAUUUCGUAUUAUUCUGCAUGUAAAUCAAGACACUCCAUUUCGUAUAUGUUCUGAAUUUGCAGAAUGUACUAUAUGUUACGAAUUUGCAAAACGUAUAUGUUUAGAUUUCUAGCUAGGUGGCUAACUAUAGCUAGCUGGCUAACGUUAGCUAGGCUAGGGUUUAGGGUUAGGGCUUAGGGUUAAGUUUAGGAGUUAGGGUAAGGGUUAUCUAAAAUGGUUAAAGUUAGGGGAAGGGUGUGCUAAAAGGGUCAAGGUUAGAGUUAGGGGAAGGGUUAGCUAACAUGCAAGUAGUUGCAAAGUAGCUAAAAACUAAUAAGUAGUUGAAAAGUUGCUAAUUAGCUAAAAUGCUAAAGUUGUCCGUGAUGAGAUUCGAACUCGCAGCCUUUGGGUUGCUAGACGUUCGUGUUAUACGCCCACCAAUCCACUCCGACCAACCACCCUAUUUUCGUUUUUGCCUUAAGUAACCAUCUGUCUUAUGUAACAAUACCAAAGUAACAUAUCCUACUAAUGUCAGUGUCCCGGGUUUACUGUGUUAUGUUUAGUCUAUGAGACCAGGCUGCAGGAUAGGGUGGUGGUGCUAGACAGCCUAGCCUAGAUACUGCUCUGUUGGUUCACUGGCUCUUCCAUUUUAAUUGGAAUUUAAAGGGGGCAAUAAAGAAUGUCCAUAAACCAAGGCAAGUGUAGCACGUCGCUGGCAGGGCAAGGCUGUCUUUACUGUAAAACAAAUGCUCCUCUCAGGCCGUAUAUCGCCAGCCUGCCAGGCAGCGGCUGUAUUGAGCAGUGCAGUGAAGUCCCAUAAGUUAUCUUUGUAUCUUUAUGAUGGUGGCGGACUCAGCUCAGUCACUGCAGGGUUAUUUUGAUUAUAUUAAUUGGUGGUAUUUACUGUGUUUACUCUAAGGGUGUUGGAGGCCUACAGAAGCUGAUGAGACAUAUGAUGUCUAGUCCCACAGUUGCAUCUUAUUACAGUAUAUGGCACAUCUUUUAUUUAAAAAAAAAUAAUAUAUAUAUAUAUAUAUCAGUGAAUGAAGGAAUGGAUAGAUGAUUCAGUCAAUCAAUCAUUAAAUUAAUCCAUCCAUCCAUCCAUCAACGCACCCACCCACCCACCCACCCACCUACAAACCCAUCCACACAUACACCCACAAACCCACCCACCCAGCCAUGUAUCCCUCGCUCCCGCCCUCUCCCUACAUCCAUCAAUGACAAGUUGAUGUCCAUAUCCGAUAAUAACCCAGUUUCCCCCGUCCCUAGGUCCUAUCUGGAUGGACAACGUGCGUUGUGACGGCACAGAGAAGACUGUGAAAGACUGUAAACAUAAUGGCUGGGGCGUCAAUGACUGUAAGCACUCUGAGGACCUUGGCGUGGUCUGCAGUCCGGAGCGACGACUGGACCAGGUCAUAGGUUCGCGUAAUGGUCAGUCGGUCGCCCUGCGUCCGGAUGUCAGCCCCUCGCCCCAGUGGCAGAGCAUUCUGGCCAGCCGCAGUAACCCCCGACAGGCCCAUCAGGGGAACGGACACCCCCCGGAGAGCCCCAGACUGAGACAGCACCUUUACAACCCGGUAGGUAGCAUUAGACCUUAUACUCUCUAACCCUGAUACCUCUAGUAGUAAAGUAGGUACUGUAGACUAAAACAGCAUCUAUACAACCUGGUAAGCAGUUACAGUGGGCACCACCAACUCUAUAACUUUGGCACGUGCUAAUGUCUGGUAUUUGCUGAUCAACCACCGAUACUGCCAAUGCCAAUCAAUGAAAUAAUCAAUAGUCAAUCACUCUCUUUAUUGUCCCAGUUUGGAAAUUCAUUGUGUAGGUCAAUUGAAUUUGAAAGUGUCCUUGAUCAAACUAUUCUACAGUGAAGCUUUAAGAAAUCCCCUCCCCCUUCUCUCUCAGUAUUCCAGCAAGGUGCGUAUUCAGGAAGUGCGUCUGCGGCCCAUCCUGAUGCACACUAAGAAGCGAGCCCUGAUCACUGAGGGUGUGGUGGAAGUGAAGCAUGCUGGGAGAUGGAGACAGGUGUGUGACCUGGGCUGGAACCUCAACAGCAGCAAAGUGGUGUGUGGAAUGCUGGGGUUCCCUGAGGCAGAACUACACAAUGAAAGAACAUAC